UUGAUUUACUUGAACUCGUCCAACGCCAAAUCUGCAAUCUUGCAGCGUAUUAUUUACUGUGUGUCACGCACUAUAUUACUCUAUGUUUUUAUUCGUCGUAACGAUAUCUUUUGUUCUCUUAUUGUAUUUUCUCGUCGUUUAGCGAAGUAGUAGCUGUAGUAAUUCUUUCGUGCAUAUCUGUAUCUAUAACAGUUGCUAUCUACUCGUGAUAUAUCGUGUUAAAACUAAAUUAAGAUGCAGCGAAGGAAAUGUGCGAGAGCACGCAUUUUUGAUAGACCAGUGGGUUCAAGUCAUACACUUUCUCCAUUCUCCUACUUGUUACAUCUGUUUUAUGCAUUUAUGAGAUUCAUUGUUGCUUGGCUCUGGAUGACUCAUGCUUUUCUGUUAGGAUGCAUAAAUGGGUCAUCAAAAGUCGAAGAAGCCGUAGAAUGUUACCAACGUGCAGCAAAUAUGUUCAAAAUGGCAAAGAAUUGGAGCUCGGCAGGGAGUGCAUUUUACGAAGCAGCAGAGUUGCAUGCAAAAGCAGGCAGCCGUCAUGAUGCAGCUAACAAUUACGUGGAUGCUGCUAACUGUUUUAAGAAAUCUGAUAUAAAUGAAGCCAUUAGUUGCCUAUUAAAGGCAAUUGAAAUCUAUACGGAUAUGGGUAGGUUUACAAUGGCAGCUAAACAUCAUCAGAGCAUAGCUGAAAUGUAUGAAAGUGAGGCUGUAGAUCUUGAAAGAGCAGUUUGCCAUUAUGAACAAGCAGCUGAUUAUUUUCGUGGAGAAGAAAGCAAUUCCUCUGCCAAUAAGUGUCUUUUAAAAGUUGCGCAGUACGCAGCGCAACUUGAGAAUUAUGAUAAGGCUAUUCAAAUUUAUGAACAGGUUGCUUCUGCAUCCUUGGAAAGUUCUUUGUUAAAGUACAGCGCAAAGGAGUACUUCUUCCGAGCGGCACUCUGUCAUUUAUGCGUUGACGUGUUGAACGCGCAACACGCGAUCGAACGUUAUCAAGAACAGUAUCCUGCGUUCCAAGAUUCUAGGGAGUAUAAAUUAAUAAAGACAUUAAUAGAACACCUCGAGGAACAACACCUCGAAGGUUUUACAGAAGCAGUAAAGGAAUAUGAUUCAAUUUCACGAUUGGAUCAGUGGUACACGACAGUAUUAUUACGUAUCAAAAAACAAGUUAAUGAUAAUCCAGAUUUGCGCUGAUCGGUUGUUCCUUCUUUGUGCUAUUUUCUCUCAAUGAUAUUAUUAAUCCAACUCUAUAUGUAUUCAUUUUUAAAUCAUACCUUGCUUUCAUUGGAACUUGUAAAGUAGUUUCGUUUUUAUACCUAAAUAUAUUUUCAUAACAUUUCCUUACUCUCUUAGCAACUAUUAUAUAUCCAUCUUUUGAGUUAUCACGAAUUCAUAGAAUGUUAUCAUCAGAAGUAUGUAAAAUUACUCCGUGAACAUUGCUAGUUCAUUUAAAUGCCAAUGUACAGGGCAUAAAAAUGAGUAUAGAAAUAAAUAGUAUUAAAACUUCGUUAAUAUUCAUAUUUGCAAAUAUAUAAACAGCUUGCUAAAAAGCUAUGGCUUCUGCAGUUUCAUUUUAAUGCAUGCGAUCGCCAUAAAUUACUUAAAUAAUACUGUACAUUUUCAUGAGUUUAGUGAUUUCAAUAGAUGUGGUGCAGUUUACGAUGGAUAAUAGUUUUAAGUGUUUUAUGAUAUUUAUUAUUAAUUACUGAUCCGAAAUAUAAACAACUAUAAGAUUUUGUGACAAGAGAACGAUGAAUAGCUUUUAUUUACAUUCAAUUAGAACAUGGUUUAAUGUUAUUUUGAAUGUAUGUUUUGUCUGGAAUUGUAACAUGCAGUUAAACUGUGAGUUAUCUAUACACUGCCAGAGUAUCAGAAUAUCGAACGAAGUGUAUAUUGUCUUCGGGAAUAUCUCUUCUUUUGUUUUACAUCUUGAGUUUUAGAAAUUUCAACAUAUGCUCUUACGUUCUAUGUACAUAUGUUAUAUCGUUAGUUUUCUAUUUAUAUUUAAUGAAGAGAGUAAUGAAUAUACUGUUGAUUAUAUGCAUUUAAAUGCAAAUAUAUUUUGUAAAUAAUUUUGUUUCCUGUUUUAUUAAUGUACACUGGUUUAUGUUCUAUUGUUGGAUAUUAAUUUUAUUAAUGUAUAUUUGUAUUUAGAAGUAGGUUCAAAGAUAGAGAAUAUAAGUGAUAAAAAGGAGUUAAA